CCUAAAAAGACAACACCAAACCCCAAAGAAAGCUUAGCUUCCGACUCCACGACAAACUCCGAUCGAGCUCCCGCCAUGGCAGCCGCGUCCGCCGUCGCCUCGUCGCCCCAGGCACUUGAAGCCCACCCCGCCGUCCCCGUCCAGGAAUUCUCGGUCGAGGCAUCCUCCUCAUCGUCGUCCCGCGCCGUCGAAGCGAGGCCGGUGUCGUGUAAUGGCGGCGGCGAGGAGUGCGUGCUCGAACGGCACUCCCCGUGGGUGGCGGCGGCCGAGGCGGAAUCGAGGUUGGGGGAAGCUGCUUCUGCGGGACUUUAUCUUCGGGUCGAGAAGUUGGCGGAGGAGGAGUUACGAGACAACCGGCAGCGACAGGACGACGAGCUGAUGGCGUUGGAGGCAAUUUACGGGGAUGAUCUGGCUGAAUUUGAAAACAAAGGAGAGCUUCGAUAUUUCCAGAUUUACAUACACUACGACUUGCAUGAUGGCGUUGAAGUGUGCGCUAAGCUUUCUUCAGCUAAUGACAGUCCAAAAGAUGUAGGGUGUCCUGAUGAUGGUACAGAAGAGCAUGGUGAUAGACCAGACGAAUUCUCUUACACUUGCAACUUUGAGUACCUGCCUCCUUUGGUACUGACAUGCUUGCUUCCGCUGUCCUAUCCUAGUAAAGACCCCCCAUAUUUUACAGCAACUGCCAAAUGGAUGGAUGGACCUGAUGUUUCUCAACUCUGUGAGAUGCCUGACAACAUUUGGGCAGAGCUACCAGGGCAGGAAGUGGUAUGCCAAUGGGUCGAGGGGAUACGUAACUCUUCUUUUUCAUAUCUCCGAUUUGAUGGUAAAAUAACAUUAGGUCCAGAUAUUGCAACGCACAAACUAGACAACCGUGCAAUCUCAAGAAGUCUCCCACUGGAGUCUGUAAUCCCUUCAAUGCUUAGUUACAGUAGUAAGAAGCACUAUGAAGCUUUUCUCCAGGAUUUUCAUAUGUGCAUGAUAUGCCUUAACCAGACCAAAGGUUCAAACUUCAUCAAGCUUCCCUGCCAGCACUUGUUUUGUGUGAAGUGCAUGGAGACCUUAUGCGGGAUGCAUGUGAAGGAAGGUAGUUUAUUUCAGUUGGUAUGCCCUGAUACGAAGUGUAGUGCUUCAAUUCCACCUUAUUUGUUGAAGACGCUACUCAGCGAAGGAGAAUUUCAACGUUGGGACAGGCUUACUCUCGAGAAAGCAUUGGACUUGAUGUCAGAUGUGGUUCACUGUCCAAGGUGUUCAAUCGGUUGCUUGGGAGAUGAGGAUUACAAUGCGCAAUGUCCAAAAUGUUGCUUUGUAUUCUGCUCGUUAUGCAAGGAUCCGCGCCAUCCAGGGAAGGAGUGUCUAACUCCAGAACAAAAGCUCCAGCGGCUCCAGGCAUCCGGCAAGAUGACCGCGAGUGGGAUGGUGGAGGAAAUGAUGAGCAUAAAAAUGCUUUAUGGAGAUGCUAGAUCAUGUCCAAAAUGCAAAAUGACCAUCAGCAAAACUGAAGGUUGCAACAAGGUGGUGUGUAUCAGUUGUGGUCAAGCAUUCUGUUUCCUCUGUGGCAAGGCUAUCAUCAGUGGCUAUGGCCAUUUCAGUAAGCGCCGUGACCUCUUUGAGCCUGGAAAAGAGGACACGAAGGAUUGGCAGAACCAAAUGAAUUGGCUAGAAAUUAGAAACCGUAUACGAGCUCAAAAGCACCCGGUGGGCAGUACCGUAAAAUGUCCAAAAUGCCGCCAAAAAAUUUACAAGGACAAUGUUGAAUAUAUUUUCUGUCGGGCAUGCCAAGCCAGCUAUUGCACACUGUGCAGAAAGCAGGUCGAGUUUACGGGGCUACAGAGUGACCACUGGGGGUCACCGCAAUGUGUGGGGAUAAAGUUCUAGAAUCAGAACUCUCCAAUUCUUACAUUUUGUAUAUCAGGACCUUGUCCCAAUGUUAUGUGUAGUUAGGAAUGACCAUAUGUUGCAAGCACGGGUAAUUAGGAUGCACAUACAUUUAAGAUACGUGUAUCAACUAGCUUAUCGACCGGUCAUUGUAAAAUCCUUUUAUAAUAGUAUUGUUCUACCUUUUGGAAAAUGAGAAGGGAAACAUAUUAUUCUUUA